AUUGUUUGGAGAAGCUUCUCUUUUUAUUUUGUAGCUAUUGUGCUGAGGAUAUUGGAUGGUUUUGACUUGGUUUGCAAUGCGUGCUACAACAAUGUGGAUUUUAAGGUAUUCUUUAGCAGUACUUUUAGCCCUUGGUGCAUGUGUUCACGAUAUUGCAAAUGUUUAUGCAUACAGCCCUGGCAGUGGAGGCCAUGUUGGAUCUAGUAAUCCUAGUCUGUCCAUGCAGAAGGUGAAACAAAGUCUCUAUGACUUUUAUGGUGGAACUGCUGUAGUUGGGCCAGUCAGCAAAGAUGAAGUUAAAUUAAGCUUUGAGACUGGAAACUACAGAGCUCAGGCUGGCACUUCAGGCACUACCAUGACAAAUGAGAAACCAGGCUCUGAAUCUCCUACAACAAGCCAACAAGGAUUUCAUGUUGAUUCUGUUGGAAGUGGUAGUCUUGUUUAUGGUUCUGUGGUAAAUGCAGCGAGUAUGGGCAUGUCUGAAUAUGAUUCAAGUCAGUCAACUUCUGUCCAAGGCUCUGAAGUCAUCAGUUCUUCUGUCCUGAGCCCAUUGCAGCAAAGCAGUUAUUCUGUUUCUAAGCCAGUGCAGGUAGUUUCCUCAAUUCCACUUCAAAUUAGCAGUGUGUCUGCAGUGAAGCCCAGCAGCCAACAGUUGGUGCAGACCAUUUCCCAGUCCAGCAGUGAGCAACCAACAAGUUCUGGAACCGUGGCCCAGUCUAACCCUCUGCAGUUAUUCCUGUCUAGUGGCCAACCAGUUUCUCAGACUAGCAUCCAGUCUGCCGUGACUUCUGGUAGAUGGCCCCUUAAGCCUCUGAAAGGUAAACACCACCAUCAAACUGGUUCCAGGCCAGGUCACAAGGCACCAAUCAGCUCAAAACCUUCCAAGGCCUCACAACCCAGCUCAUCAAUACUACAGUAUGGUAGUGUGCCAAGUAGCCUAGCUAUGGCUAGCUAUGAACUUGUUAGCCAGUCAGGCAGCCAGCAAUCAGCCCAGCCCAGUGGCCAAACUGUGAAUAGACCAAGCAUCAUACAGACUCCCAGUGUCUUUGACAUCUCUGUGGUCCAGCCCAGUGGCCAGCUAAUUCAACAGGCUGCUGAUACCCCUGUGGCCCAGGUCUCCAGCCAGCAGCUUUUGCAGGGAGGCCAAUUAAUUUCCCAGUCAAGUAAUGUACAACCAGUAGAUGGACGUUAUGUUUUUGUGGCUCAACCAGGUGGACCAACUCCUCUCAAGCAUCACAAAGGUAAACCCCACUUUGGAUCCAAGCCUUCCAGAAAUGGUCAUGUCCAGACAUUAAGAUUGACUUCUGUAGAUGAGUCCAGUAGCGAAAAGCCAGUACAAACCAGCUUUCAGUCUGGGCCCGAAUUUGUUCAACAACCAGCACACAUGGUCUACCAGUCUGCUAGCAAGCCUGCUGUGCCUCAACUAGUAGAAGCCGUCUACAAGGCAGAGGCCCAGUCUGCUUCCCAACAACCAGCACAAGCUAGCUACCAGUUGGUGGCACAGCUAGGUGUCCAACAGCCAGCACAGGUCAGCUCAUCUGUAGGCCAUCCAAGCCAUCUGCAAGCAGGACAGUCCAGUUAUGAGUAUGUUGUCAACCAGAAUGGGCAAACCUUUUUCAAGCCAGUGCAGUCUCAUGAGAUUCAUCAGAUUGGCUCCAAACUGUAUUCAUGCCAUGAGUUACCACAGCACAGUUACAAGCGGAGACAUCACUCUCCAUCUUCACACAGUCUUCCAAACCUUGCUCUGGAUAUCAAGCCUGUUCUGCCUAGUGACCUGAUUCCUGUGGAUCUUGAUGUUCACAGCCCCCUCACAUCUUUCAGACCAGCUCCUGUUUCUGGACAUCCUAGCUUGCAAUCUGUAGUGCUUCAAAGUGAGCAGCCAGGUGUGCUAGAGGUCCAACCCAGUGGUUUGUCUGAUGCCAAGCCUGGGCCAGUGAAUGAUGCUUUAGCAUCUCAGCCCACUGGUCAUCCUUCAGGGCCAUUGCAGCAGCCUAACUACCAGCCUCCAGCCAAGCUAUGGCAAGAUCUGUAUUUGCCUGUAGUAAAGCCCAACAAACUGGAGUAUUCCAGCUUUGAGGCACAAGUUCUUCCUGGCCAGGUGUCUUCCGUUCCUGUAAAGUUUGUUUCCCAGCCUCAAAUGCUCCCUGCUAGUCUGUCUAUCACUCAGUCCAGCUCUUCGCCGGCUGUGCCAGUGCAGACCAGCUAUCAACCUCAGGUAGUGUCAAGUUAUGAGACAGUCUUCCAGCCUGUUUUGAAGACCUCUUCUGUGGUUGUGCCAUCAAGUUCUCAAACCUGGAGCACCCCAAUAGUUACAAACUACAAGCCUGUGUUGCAGUCAGUGAAACCUGAACUUCCAAUUCCAGUACAGGUGAAUUAUCAGACUGUCACAGAUCAAAAUGCUCCUGGACCUGCUGGAAGCAAUACGCAUUCAUCACGGAAGUUGCUUAAGCUGUUGCAACAAGUCAAGUCCUAGGUGUUUGUUUGCGGUUUCCUCCUUUAUGCUUGCUUUCUGAUGUUAAUAAAUUAUUGUUAAUGUA